AUGGGUGUCGAGCCGCCUUACAUUUACGACGCUGUUAAGAAGGACACAACGAGGUAUUCGUACAAAGAGUUUGACCCAAAGGCCGUAUCAAGAUCAAGUAUGCAGUCGCAACCGCAAAAACCAAAGAAAGAUGGCCCUCUGGUAUCUUUCAACAGACAUCCCGACUCCUACCUGAUAAUGCCUUCUGGAAAGGCUACCGGCGCAAGAGUGAGCGCAUCGAUGAAGGGUCGCAUUACAGAAACUAGGAUGGCGGUGUUGUUCUUCAGGAUCUUUCAAUUACUAGGCGCAAUUGGAGCUCUGACUACUAUGGUUCUAAUUACUGGUGUCGAUACUCAAAUGGGCUGGAUUAUGAGAAUAGUGCCUGGUAUAUCCAUUUUGCAUACAUCAUACGGCAUUUAUCACUUAUCACGCAAACCUUCCGGUCGAACACCAGGCUCGUCUGCCUCAUACAUGCUGUUUGCCAGCUUGUGCGAUGCUUCAAUUAUGGCGUUUUACGCCUUUAGCACAACUACGGCAUACUACAGAUGGGAUCCAAAGAACGGUCUCUGGAAAUCAACCGACUCAGUCACAACCUGGUCAACUUGGCCAAUACUCCAGGAUGAUGGCCCAUAUGUCAUGAAGACUCUCUUUUUCUCCGCAGUUCUAUGCUUCGGGGUGAGCGCGAUCUUCCAUUUCAUAACCCUGAUACUCUCAAUCUGGCUUUUCGUACUGUUCCGCAAAAUUGUCAAUCUUCCUCCAGAUAUGAACCCAUUGGAAAGCAAUCUCACUUCCAGAGCCCACAAGCGCAACAAGUCUUCUGUCUCUACAAUGCCGAUAUAUGACGACAAGCGGGGGUCCAGGCAAUCAGUAGCUGGCGCUGCAGCCCCUCCUUACGAGGGCCUCGCACAGCCUCCCAUGAUGCCUUUUAUGCACACACGCAACAACUCCGGCACAUCCUUCUCGACAUACUACUCGAUACCUACGUCCUCAUCGCCACGAGAUUCGAGGCUGGACCUCCCCAGCCGUCAGUGUCAGAUACCGGCCACCAAUUCUCCCCGUGCCUCGGUGUCGGACCUGAAGCGCGCAUAUCAAUCUUCUCUUCCCUCGGUUUCCCCUAAGCGCGGCUCCUAUGCCCCAGUGAACACCCAAGAUCUCGCAGAUCAAUAUGCGGGUGUCCAAAAUGAGAACUGGUAUAGCACCGACUCCCUCCCUCACAACCGCUACAGCCAGCCACCCAACCCAGUAAAGUCCGCCAGAUCCCCAAUAGAGGCUCGUCCACAAUCCGCGUAUACUCCAUUACGUGAUGGCUUUGGGACUUACGAAGACAUUAACGAUGCCGACUUCGACUCAGAUGUUGGUUCAUCUACUGUCUCCGCCAACCCUCUCAGCGCGCACCCCGUCGCCGCAGGUCAACGCGUUCCUCCCGUUAAACGAGAGUCCGCAUUAGGGGAGAUAUCACUGAAUCCCAAUUUUACUGCAGGGAGCAGCAGCUACAGCGGAGAUGUAGCAGAUAUCAAUGGCCCUCAGCGCGGAUGCUAUGACUACGCAACCGUUGAGCCUAAGGGGCAGUCAGAGUACAGAGAAUUGACACCACAACCGCUCGUGCGGCCUGGAGCCGCUGGAAAGGGGGUUGUCGGACACAGCAGUGACAGAGAUGGCAUUGUUAAGGGCUCCGUGGGAUUUAAGGCGCGGUAUUACGGCGAGCUACGCGCGGGUACCCCACCUACGCUCGUCAGCGGCGUGAAGGGGCGACAGGUGAGCUCCGGCAUUGACAUGGGCGUCCAAACUGGAGAUGGAAGGAGGGAUGUGAGUGGGAAGAUUGCCGAAGAGGGACGUGGCGGAUGGGGAGCUAGGUUUAGGAAAAUCAGUGGGAUUUAA